AAAGUCACGCUUAACAAAAGGCUCUAUCGGAUAUCGCGUGACACCCGCUGUAACGCGACCGACUAAAGAAUCAGCGAAUUUUGGAAGAUUUUGCUCUCUCUCUUUCGCUUAAAGAACGUUGUCGUUCUGUUACCUCCAGAUUAUAAAAGCAAAAUUGUUAAGCUUUACGUAGAGGUGCAAAUUAUACCGUUAAACAAUAAUCUUGUACUGGCAAAUAAAUAUUUUGUGUUGCUGACUCGCGCUAUUUUAAGAGGUUUUGAUUUCAUUUUUUCGAGACAAGGCAAAGACUCUGGGCCGAGGUUUGUACAACGCAUGCUCAAAUGUGUGCGUUACCGCCAAAUUCGAAAAGAAUAAUAAAUUCCGCGUAUUUUGAUGUAUAAUUCAUAAGGGUGCGGUAAAGUUUCGGCCUGGCAAAUGGGCCUUGAAAUCAACGCUUUGGUUCUAUUUCUGCUGCUAACCUUUAUAAACAGCGCGAGUGCGAUAGAACAGGAAUUCGAUGGAGCGGAAUCCGGAGAUGUCCCUUCAUUUACGUACGAAAUAAACAACUACCUCAUCUAUACAGUCUGUAAAGAAUUAGAGGGGAAAAUCGACGACUUAAGUACUGAGUCUGCUUGGUCGGCGAGAAUAAGAAGAAUUUUUGAAGAGUCUGCGCUGAAAGGUUUAAUCUUAAACAAUCGUAUCGUAAAUGUCUUCAAGAAGAAAAUUUCGCUUCUUCUCUCGGCGUUGAGGAAAGCUGGUCAAAAAGGUGGUCGCCAUGUUAAGAAGCUUAAAGAAAAGUGGCAGAAAGAGACGUACUCAUUCAAGAUAUUCUAUAAUGAAAUUGAAGCGUGUCAGCUACAAGAGGAGAACAGAGGUUUGCGCGGACAAAAGAGAAAGCUGGAAGCAUCCCUUGCAGAUGAACAGGCGAAAAGGCUAAAGGUAGAAGAGAAACUCGAACAAGUGCUUAACAAAGCAGAAAAGGACGAAAAAAAAUACGAAAAAAAAUUUAAGAUUCUAGCGCGUAAAAUUGCGAAACUGCAGAGAGACGGAAAGAGAGGGCCGGCCAAAAAGAAAAAAUUUACCGAUUAUACGAAACAGCAUCAGUCACGUCUUCGACAACAGAUGAAGGAAAACUGUCAGGCAACAUUAUCCUUCCUUGGAUUGUACGAUUUUAUUGCCACAAAAGUAGAAGUUUUCAAUGGCGAAACUCAACAGUACGAGACAUUUUCCUUAAUUGAUGAAAACGAGCUGCCACUAAAGGACAAGGACUCAACGGAGCUGACAGAUGAAAAUUUGGAUGAAAUUAAUAUGUGGAUCUACAUUAAAGAUAAAUUUAACAUUUCUAAUGAGGCUUGGCAUGAGCUGGCUAUGAAAACCAAACAGAUGCCAAACAGCUAUAAGCUGGAGAAGAAAUUGAAAGAACUUAAUGCAAAAUGGAAUCUUCAACCUACACCUGGCCAAGCCGAGGGAGUCCAGUUAAGUUUUAAAGAAAGUUUAGAGGAACAAGUAAUCAGGCUUCAGGGGAAAGGAGUUUUGAACAUUAACACUAAAAUCAAAGUUAAAAUUAGUGGGGAUGGGACCAACAUUGGGAAAAGGCUCAAAAUUGUUAAUUUAACUUACACAAUAUUAAAUGAAAGAGAUAUUGCAAUGAGUGAAAAAGGCAACUAUAUUCUUGCCAUAAUCAAAACUACUGAAAGCUAUGAUAAUUUAAAGGCAACCCUUGCAGAUCUUAAUGAUGAAAUGCAGAAUCUAAAGCAAAUAUGUGUGGGUGAUUAUAAAUGUGACAUUGAAUACUUUUUGGGAGGGGACUGGAAGUUCUUAGCUUGUGUGUGUGGUUUGGGUGCAGCAAAUCAGGACUAUGCCUGUAUUUGGUGCAAAUUCUCAGAAGAAGCGCCAUGGCCUGCACAACAAGCUUCAUCAUCACAGGCACCGUGGUCUGCACAACAGGCUUCAUCAUCACAGGCAUCAUGGUCUGCACAACAGGCUUCGUCAUCACAGGCACCAUGGUCUGCACAAGAGGCUUCAUCAUCAGAGGCGCCAUGGUCUGCACAACAGGCUUCAUCGACACAGGCGCCAUGGUCUGCACAAGAGACUUUAUCAUCACAGGCAUCAUGGUCUGCACAAGAGACUUCAUCAUCACAGGCAUCAUGGUCUGCACAACAGGCUUCAUCAUCAGAGGCGCCAUGGUCUGCACAACAGGCUUCAUUAAAACUGGAGCAAAGGUCUGCACAACAGGCUCCAUCAAGACAAUCGCCAGACCGAUCAAGACAGCAAUUAACAACAUCAUCAGCCUUAUCACAGGCUCAACAAGAGCCAUUAUUAACUUCUGCUUCGUCACAUGCAGCACUAACACUUCAACCGUCAUUGUCGCUAUCGUGUGUAGAUGUGACAUCACCAAAAGAAUGCGAUAAAGAUCAAGAUUUCUUUGAAAGAAAUAAAUUCAUUGUUACUGGGAUGAAUCAGUGUACUACAGAAGACGGAUUGAUGAACUUUAUUGAGGUGAUAAGUGGUGAAGAAGUGGAGGAAGUACAAAUCCUGAGACAAUACAGAGCUCUUGUUACGAUGGCAAAUGAUAUAAAAGACUUUAGUGAUUUUAAGCGUAAAGGCGAAGCAAGACCUUUGGAUAGUGUUCAGGUCUCCAUCGAACAAGCUCCUGUUUGCAGAAGCAUCCUGGUUACUGGUAUUUCUGAGAACACUACCCAUGAUACCAUUCAACUGUGCUUUGAAAACCGAAAGAAGAAUUGUGGUGGUCCUGUGGACAAGGUGUAUUUUACGCCCGGAAGUGGAAGAGCUGUGGUCGUAUUUAAAGAUCCAAAAGACAUGGCAAAAGUGCUUGACAGGCAUCAGGAGCUACCAAUUGUGUUAAACGGAAAGCAGCUUUCAAUCAAAAUCCACCAAGAAUUUCUUGAAGAUGAAACCACUCAAACGAUUCAACAGAAGGAGACGGUGGAAACCCACUGGAAGCAGACCUCUCUAAAAGAAAAUGAAGAACGUGGUAGAGUAUUCGAUACCACUCAAACGAUUGAACAGAAGGAGACAAGGGAAACUUACUGGAGGCAGGCCUCUCUACCUGUUCCCAAAGAACACAUAAUCUUGUUGAAGAAAAUAAAGCUGCGGAUAAACUAG